GCAUCUUCGGAUCAUACGGUUACGACAGUAAAUUCUGGUUACUGGAGUACGGAAAGUUAAAAAAAAUAUCGAGGCCACAAAUUCUGACUAAGAAGCGGAAAGAUAAUAAUAAACAAUCAACUUAUUCUGUCUGACAUCCAAUAGGAAAAACAUUUACCUAUUCUGGUAGCAGGGUCGCAGGGUCAGGAACGGGAGCUCAUCUUUUCAGUUUUUUAAACAACAGGCCGAUUCGGUUGUACCAACCAGUAAAACGUUAAAUAGCGUCGCUGCGCAAGUGGAAAGGGCAGUUCUUGAAGAAUCUCGGUGCCGUCUGCAUUUUACAGUGACCACGAUGAUUUUCUUGUUGAUAUAUAUCGCGACCAGUUUUGUAAUUGUUCUUCUCCUUAUUGACAUGAAGAAGCCCAAAAACUAUGCUCCUGGACCGUCAUUUCUUCCAAUCGUAGGUAACUAUCUCCUAUACAGGACCAUGCACAAGAAAGUUGGUUAUCACCAUCUGGUCUGGACAUAUCUGAGCAAGAAAUAUGGCGAUGUGGUGGGAAUGAAAUUGGGAAGAAACCUUGUGGUAGCAGCUUCUGGACCACAGGCAAUCAAAGAAGUAUUGACCAGAGAAGACUUUGACGGGAGACCAGAUGGGUUUUUCUUCAGGUUGAGGACUUUCGGAAAGAGAUUAGGUAUUGUAUUUUCCGAAGGCCAGUUUUGGAAAAAGCAACGGAAGUUUUCAAUACAACAUUUGCGUAGUUUUGGUUUUGGUAAAAAAGAAAUGGAGCAAAUGAUUCAAGACGAAACACGAUCGUUAUUAGACAUAUUUGAGAACACAUGCGAUAAGCCCAUAUACAUGCACAGUGCUUUCGAUGUGUCUGUACUAAAUGGACUCUGGGCAAUGAUGGCAGGUGAAAGGUUUGAAAUAGAAGACGAACGGUUGAAGAAACUACUACAGAUAGUCAAUGAUGCUUUCAGGCUAGUGGAUAUGUCUGGAGGUCUGAUUAACCAAAUGCCGUAUCUGAGACAUAUUGCUCCGAAUGCUUGUGGUUAUAAUAAAAUUAUGGACGUAUUGACAAGGAUGUGGCAAUUUUUAGAGGAAACCAUUAAUGACCAUAGGAAAUCUAUGUGCUAUAUGCAACAACCAAGAGAUCUGAUAGAUGCAUUUCUUCAAAAAAUGGAAUACACUAAUGAUACGUCGUUCACAGACGAUCAACUGAUGUCCUUAUGCUUGGACCUCUUCAUGGCGGGAUCUGAAACCACCAGCAACUCGUUAGGCUUCUCAAUGCUAUUGAUGGUCUUACAUCCUGAUGUCCAAGGAAAAGUACAAGACGAGCUUGACAGAGAAGUGGGUAGAAACAGAUUGCCAAGUCUGAGUGAUAAGCCAAUAUUAAAAUACACCGAAGCAGUACUGAUGGAGAUUCAAAGACGCACGAACAUAGCACCUUUGGGAAUCGCUCACCGAGCAGUUAGAGACACCGUCCUUGGUGGUUACAACGUUCCGGAAGGCACUAUAGUCUUAACAAAUCUUCAUAGCAUCCACAUGGAUGAGAAGCUUUGGGAGGAUCCCCUUGAAUUUAGACCGGAAAGGUUCCUGGAUGAGAAGAAUGAAAUAAUAUUUGACGAAAGCUGCUUCAUGCCGUUUGGCAUAGGUAAAAGACGUUGCCUGGGAGAAACGUUGGGCAAAACCAAUAUCUUCUUAUUCUUCACUGCUGUGCUACACAACUUCACAUUAGAUAAAGUAGAUGAUGACAAUCUCAGCCUUGAGGGCUUCGAUGGUGUGACCAUAGCUCCAAGACCCUUUAAAGUCAAGCUUACACCCAGAUGCUGAAAAUCUGCAAACUCUAAUGGAUCCAAGUUACUUAACAAACUUGGUCUAUUUGUAAUCUCACAUACUUUUGUAUAUUUUUUUAUGAUUACAUAUUUUUAUCUGAAUCCAGGUUUGUGUUUAAUUUUAAUUUUUAGAUUAAAUCAAGAUAAAGUUUUUUGAAUAAUUUAAUGUUUAUCUUAUCUGUCAUAUUUACUUGCCUAAAAUUUGGAAGCAAGCACUGAUAAUACCUAUAGGAAAAACUUUGAAACCCGGUCUCCUAUCAGAUCUUCGAUCAAUCAGAUUACUACCUAUUUUGUCAAAAAUCGUUGAAAAGAUUGUACAACUUCAACUUACAUCAUACAUUGAAGUACAUCAGAUAAUCCCACCUAAUCAAUCGGGAUUUAGAAAACAUUAUAAUACAACAUCAGCUUUAAUAAACAUAUGCGACAACAUCUUUCGUGUUCUGGAC